CAAUGCGCAUGUGCGGAAGUGAGCGGCUACGACGGUGUCCGCUCCCCGUGCGCUGACUGGGCCACAUCUGAACAAAGGCCUGCCCCUUUUCACAGGACUUCUACCGCCAUCGUUACUUUACGUGUAAUCACGAUUACUAAAUUGGAUUACGAUACUUUUAUUAUAUUUCGCGACAUCGAUGACAUUACAGAUAAUGUCCGAGAUGGAUGUCGCUCACCAUGAAAGCAGCGGCGAGAUCAAAUCGGCCAUGCACACUUGGCGUUAUCGCCACCAUUUCACGUACAAGGCAGAUCAAGGGAAGAAUAUCAUCGUGCAGUGUAAUCUAUGUCUGCCGAGGGUGAAUCUGCUUUCCACGUCGAAAACCUCCACGUCAAACCUAAAGAAGCAUUUAGACAGAACCCACCUGGGCUGUGAAGCCAGGCCGGAUGUCAAGAGGGGGAGGAAGAAAGAGGAGCACAACGGUGAGGAAAGUAGGCACUGCCAACUGAAAAAGCUUAAAGCGGAAAUCAUCUCCAAGUGCAUGACCCAAGCAAAGAUCGACGAGCUGAUUUUCAACUUCAUUGUGGAGGAUUGCCAGUCGUUUUAUGUGCUGGAGCAACCGGGCUUCAGGAAGCUGGUAUCGGGCUUAACUGAGGGGUUAAAGUCCAUGGACAGGGUGACCUUGUUUACAAAGGUGGACCAGGGUUUCUCCAGGAUGCGGGAGGAGCUGAUGGCGAAGCUGAGCAGCAUCCAGUACGUGUGCACCACGGCUGACAUCUGGACGGCCAACAACAGGAGCUUCUUCGGGAUGACCUGCCACUGGAUCGACCGACACACCCUGGAAAGGAAAUCCGCCGCUCUGGGGUUCUCGCGGCUGCAGGGCCGGAUCACGCACGACACCAUCGCCGGACGGAUACACGACAUCCACGUGGCGUUCAACAUCGAAAGCAAAGUUCAGACCACAGUCACGGACAACGGCAGCCCCUUCAUCAGCGUCUUCAAGGAGUUCGCCGUGGAAGGCCCAGAGAGCGAGGAUGACAUCGGGUUCUACGAGAACGUGAGCGCCGUCCUCGAGGGGGAGCCGGAGCAGGACAUGCUCCUGUUUCUGCCCACCGUGCAGCGCUGUGCGUCUCACACCCUGGAGCUGAUCGUCACUGAGGACUUCUGGCAGGCUGUGUCACAGGGGCCCAUGUGCCAGCUGCAUUACAGCACAAUGGCCAAGGUGUACUCCCUGUGGAGCAAAUGCCACCAUCUCCAGGUGGGCAUGGAUGCAGCCGAGGAGAUAGGAAAGAUGGCCCUGGUGGUGCCCGCUGUCAUACGCUGGAACGUGGAGUACUGCGCUGUGCAGAAGAUCGUCUCUCUCACGGAGCGGGAGCUGACCGAGCUGUGUGCCCGCCUGGAGGUCCCGCGCCUGCAGCAGGAGGAGAUGGCCUUCCUCAAAGAGUACGUGACUGUGUUCCACCCGCUCGCUUUCGCACUGGAACUUUUCCAAGCGGAGCAGAAGUGUUACCUGGGUCUGGUCAUCCCGACCGUGCUCAGUCUGAAGAACAAGUUAAACGAGCAGAAGGAUUCGGCGACUUACUUCGGCGACGUCAUCGGCGCCAUCGCGGUGGCCAUCGACGUGCGGUUCCAGGAGCUGUUUACCAGCACGGAGGCGAAAAUUGCAACAGCGACAACGCCGCAGUUUCGUUUGUGGUGGAUGGCCGCCUCCGACAGGGAAGAGAUGUGCUCCCUGCUGGCCACGGAGGCGUCCCAGAUAGACCCCGGCAGCAUAACCGAGGCAAACCCCAGCCGGAAUGUGACGACCAUCGAGUCCGAAGACGACUUCUUCAGCUACGGGUCCGUGAAGCCCGCCAUUCAGAUCCAGCAGCGGGGGGUGAUGGACGAGAUCCGCAAGUACGUCGAAGGAACGGGGAAGAGCCUCGAGUGCCUUCAGGACUUCCCCAGAAUGAAGCAUCUUUUCCUUAAAUACAACACCACGCUGCCGUCCACGGCCCCCGUCCAGCGUCUCUUCAGUCAGAAAGGAAACCUGGUCACCUCACAGAGAAACUUCCUGACUGACGACUACUUUGAGCGCAUUCAGCUUUUGAGAUACAACAGUCACGUGUGUACUUUGCUCACUGAGUGAAGCCUUUUAAUUCAUGCAGAAUCCAACCAUACUUAAACCAUGACCGUGAGCAAUAUUUUACUUCAGACAAUUUAGCCCGUAUGUGUUAAUAUUCUUCCCUUAUCUUAUAGCAUAUAUCUACGAUUCCUGAAUGGCUAAAUGGAAAUACCUUAAUUGACAAUCAUGGACAAUGACAUUCGAGGACUGCAUAAACUAACAAAAGCAUCUUUCUAUCUGUGCUAUUGUUAUGAUUUGAAGUAGCCACAGGGUUAAACUGAAGUGAUUUUGCCUUUCAGUUGAAUUAGUUUUUUCUACAGGUGCUCAAUGAGAAUGCAUCUCCUGUCUGUAUGUUUUAUAUCAUAUAUAAAGAGACAUGGAAUGAGCCUUGUUUUGUCUGCGUCU